AUGAAGGAUCGACCUCAUCGACCUUACCGAGAUCACGGGCAGGCGAUGCCCCUGGAGGAGGUUCAGGGAUUGCUACUUCCACCCUCCAGAACAGGUAACCGGGGACCUCUGAACGUGACGAUUGUACAGGUUGGAAAAGGAAACGGGGACGGUGGAGAUGGCGGAAGUGAUUUACUGAGAUUGGAACCACCGUCGGAUUUAAGGCCAAGUCCAUCGCCUUUAUCCGACAUCAGCGCCACGCUGCAGUCCGACAACAAUGAUACAUUUAGCGGAGGUGUCGAUCCAAGAUUGCUGUUGGGUGGCACCGGUGGCGAUCGUAACACGUGGGAGGGUCGUUACCACAUGAAGGAACAUCGACGUGCUGGAAAAGCGACUUUCCAGGGUCAAGUUUAUAACUUCCUGGAGCGUCCCACCGGCUGGAAGUGCUUCCUAUACCACUUCUCUGUGUGA